AUGAAUAAAUGGAUAGAUUGGGUUUUGCAAACUUUGUUUUGUUAUAGAUAAAAAAUGAAGAAUUUAAGAUAUUUGGGAAGUAGGAUAACAUACAAUGGCUUUUCAACUUGUGUAAAGGAAAAUUUAUAUUUCUAUAAAGGAACCAAAAUACAAAAAGAACUGUUGUAGAACAGAAUGAAACAGGAAUUGUAUAUUUAAUAUAUGUAACCCCAGGUUUAUAAAGUGGAUGAUAAGUGUAAUAAUGAAGAGGAUUAUUUUGAUAAAGUCCUUUUUUAGAAUAAAUAGUAAUUCGAUUAAGGUUUUACUAUUCCAGAAGAAUUAAGAGUUCUUAAAUUAGUUAAUCAAAAUAAAUGUCUCUAUUUAAUGCGCAUAGAGACUAUUUAAUAUGAUGGAAAUUAAUUUUCAUAUAGUUAUAAGAAAAAAAGACUGGACUCAUUGAAGUAAUUCAUUUAAUAGACACCAAGUAUGAAAUUAAGUUAAGUAUUAGAGAUUAUAAGAUAACUUUUGUAAGGUAUUUAUAUAUAUAUUAGUUUAAGUAACACAUUAUUUUGAAUCAAUAAAGUUAAUUCAUAACAGAUUAGACUUAGACAAUAUACAAUAUUCAAAGCAAGAAAAUAUGAUUCAAAUAACAAAUUUUUCAUAUUCCUUUUUAGAGAAUACUUAACCAAUUAAAUUGUAAAUAAAUAUGUUAUGGAAAGUAGAUAUCAAUAAUUUGGUCAUGCAUCUCCAGAAAGUUUUUCUUAAUAAUAGUUGAUAACUACGGCAGCCAAUAUUUACUAGGUUGGCAUUCUAUUUUAUAUAAUGUAUAAAGAAUUAAAACAAUUAGGGUAUUUGGGAGUAAUCCCUUUGGAAGAAGUUAGGAUGAGAUUCAAAAAAAUAAUUAUAUUGGAAAAUUUACGAUACCUAAGGAAAAUGGAUUAACAUAGUAAAAAUUGACAAAAAUAAACGAUAUUAUUUUUGAGAUGAUUUCAUCUAUGAUGUCCAGAAAUCCUUAAUAAAGAAAAUCAUCUUCAUAUUAUCUAAGAUCAAAAAUCUUUUUGCCAUUUUUGAAAUAAAAAAUUUCUCGAAUGGAAUUAAAGCUGUAUUUUAAUGAGAUUAAAGAAGAUGAUACUAUUAACAAUGAAAACAAAUUUAUAAACUCCAUCUACAUUCUUAGAACAAAAUUUAAAUGA